UUUCUAAUUUCAAUAAUGUGUUUACAGCUAAGGUGAUGAAUAGGUGUUGUAUAAUAGCUGCAGUGUUACGACACCAUGGCAACAAACAGUACAACAAUACCACCCAACAACAUAUGAGGCAACGUUUACUUUUGUAUUUUUGUUGUGACUGUUAUGUUUCUGUGUGUUUAUGAUGUUAGUGAUUUAGAUUAUUUAGAUUUAAUAUUUAAUCAGUAAUUACGUUUAUGUUUGUGUAAUUUUAAAUAAAAUUGGGGUAGUUGUAGUCAUGAAAAAUUAUUAAGAUGUUAUUGUACCUAUUAAGUGUUUGAUGUAAUUUCUUUCAAAGUUAUACAAAUAUUGUAAAUUAAAAUUAAAAUUUCCAAUAUAAAAUGACCUCUAACGUUUCACCAAGUAGAUCAAAUAUAAUGUCUUCGUCGCAUCCAAGUAAGGGUUCUUUGACAGACCGACCAAGCAGUUGUUCUAAUAAGAGUCUCGUGCACAAUAAAUCAUGUCCUGUUCAUUCAAGACAUUUAUCAUACAAAACAAUUGGGCAAUGUCAUGAUAAAAUCGAGGAAUUAGAAAAACAAAACGCCCGCCUUGUAUCAAAGAUUAAAGUAUUAAAAUUUCAACUGAAAACAUCAUCUAAUUUAUACAAUAAUAUUCAUCAAAGACCAGAGAAACCUUUAUCAAGACAUUCACAAAGGUCAACGCCAGUAAAAUUACAAAAAAUGUCAAGAUUGUCUAGAGUAGGUUUUGAUGAAAAUGAAAAGACUAUUAAACUUCCUGAAAGAAAAUUUGAAAGCACAGAAUCAUUUGACAGUGAAAGUAGCUUAGUAGAAAAUAAAAGUAAAUUUAAAGGGAAUAUUGAGCUAAUACAAUCUCACAGAGUUAUUAAAAGUAUGGAGAUUCAAAUGGAAACUUUACAAGCUCAGUGUAAAGCUUUUGAACAAAAUAUAAUGGAUAUUAAUGAAUUGUAUGAUAAAGAACGUGAAGAACAUGACAUAUUGAAAGAAAAAUUAAUUAGUGAAAGACAUAAUUUAAGUGAACUAAAGCCAAAAUAUAAUGCUUAUAAAGAAACAAAUAAAGCAUUAGAAGAACAAAUUCGUGACUUACAACGAGAAAAGUUAUCGCUCAGAGAACACAACCAGAAACUGUUACAACUUACUUCCAAACCACAUCAUCAAAAUAACGGACUAAAGUUGAAAGAAUUAGAGGACAAUUUUUCCGACACUCGAGCGGGACUUUUAAAACAAAUGGAAGAAAAUAGUAAAUACAUCGCAGAGUUAAAAGGAACAAUACAUGAAAAUGAAGUAAAACUAUCUAAUUACGCAGAUGAGAAUAAAUCCUUGAAGGAUCAACACUUGGAACUAUCCAAAAUAUUGGAAAUAAAAGAGAAUGAAAUAACAAAUAGACAUAAAGAAAUUGAUAAUAUUCUGCAAGAAAAUGACGAUUUAAAAAAAAAACUCAAGACAAAUAACACAACUUCAAAAGAAAAUGAAAUUGAAGUAAUCACAAUACAUCAACAUUUGGAGUCAGAAGAAAAAAGGCUGAAAAGUCAAAUUCAAGAGCUUCAACAAGAACAGUUAAAAAUCAACCAAACUUUGAACUCUCAGUCUUAUUUAAACACAAUGCUAAAAGAUAAGGUAGAUCAAGCAGAACGUGAUAUAAAAACGGCUGUACAGUUUAUUAAAAUAUGCAUGGACCUGUUUAAGGAUAUUACAACAUUGGAUCUAUCUGAACCUCUUAUGGCCACCUUAGAAAUGAUAGAAAAAGCAGUAUGUUCUAUUAAGAAAAGUAACGAAAUUAAUGUUGAAAACAAGGAGUUCGAAAAACUAGUAAAUGAUAUCCUAGAAGUGUUGGUUAUGUACAGAGAUCAGAUGGUUAAAAGACGAACUAUCUUAAAUCAAGAACAGUGGGCCAAAAAACCAAUAGUUAAUUUAAUUACAGACACCAUAGCUAUAAGUGAGAACACCACACCUAGAAUUCAAGAAAAUUCUGCACAACUAGAAAUCAAUAUAAACAGUAUAAACUUUUCUACGGAAAGUAUACAACAUUUAAAAUCGUUACAGUCGGAACCAAAUAUUUUUCUCACAUGGGGUUUUAAGGACCAAGAAGAUGUUGCUUAUUCACCUAGUCGUCUAGCUUGGUCUGCUGAUUUCAACUGCAGUUGUUUCUACCGCAGCAAUAGUAGCGUAGAACUUUUACAUUUUGUUGCAAAGCAUGGUUUAUUUAUCAAUGUACACUUGGUAACGGGAAAAUCGUCUCCAGUAGUGGCUGCAGGAUUAGUGAAUACCGUGGAUUCAAUAAACAACCCUAUGAUUAAGUUUAAUUUGAUUGUACCAAUCACGGGACAAAAUAUCGAUGCAAAAUUAAAGUGCUCAAUACAACUUAUUUGCGAUUUCCAUGAGAUACAAACGUAUUCACAGAUGGUAAGGCUAAAUAGUUUCUAUUUUGUUUUUAUAUUUAUACCUAUUCUGUUUAUGUAUAGUGUUAUGUAAUGAAACAUAGAUGAU